CAAAUUUGUUCGGCGUAGUUAUCAGUUUACAGAUAGACUUCAUUAGAUCAACUGCACUGCACUCAUAUACUUAUUAAAAAUGAUGCUUAAAAUUGUGGGCCUUCUUGCCUUAGUGGCCAUUGCGGUCGCACAGCACGGACAUGGCCACGGGUAUUCUUCCCAAUACAUCUCCAAACACGAUGAACAUCCUCAGAUAGUCACCAUCAAAGACCAUCACGGCCACGAGAAACACGUCGACUACUACACGCAUCCCAAAUACGAGUUCAAGUACCAAGUGGACGACGAUCACACGGGCGACCACAAGGCGCAAUACGAACACCGUCACGGCGACGACACCAAGUCAAACUACCACGUCGAUGUCAAACACAUCGUUCCCAAAAGUUGUUUUCAUAAUUUGUAUGGAGAUGUAGAUUUUGAAGCGAUGUUUUCGAAGAUGAUUUUGUGUGUCGCUGGUCUGGUGGGGUUGGUGGCGGCGCAGCACGGGCACGAGCCCGCGCACUCCUCGCAGCACAUCUCCAAGCACGACGGGCACGCGGAGCCGGUCGUCAUCAAGGACCACCACGGCCACGAGAAACACGUCGACUACUACACGCACCCCAAGUACAAGUUCAAGUACGAGGUCUCGGACAAGCACACGGGCGACCACAAGACGCAGCACGAGCACCGCGACGGCGACGUCGUCAAGGGCUUCUACAGCCUGCACGAGCCCGACGGCUCCGUCAGGGACGUGCACUAUGAGAGCGAUAAGAAGACCGGUUUCCACGCUGAAGUGAAGCACAGCACCCACCACAUCGUACCGGAGCACCACCAUCACCAUUAACGUUGGUUUUCC